GUCUCAAUCUUGUACUUUUGCGCCUACCCCCACGCCUCACCACAUCAAAAAAAACCUCCAUCUCUCUCUCUCUCUCUCUCUCUCUCUCCUCCUCUCAGCUGCUUCGACCCUUUUAUUGUUCUUCCCCCUCCUUCUUCCUCCUUUCUCCUACUUCCGCAAAAUCUAGGGUUUUUUUCCUCGCUUUCUCUCUCCUCCAUAGCUCAAUCGCCUCUUCAAUCUCGCACCUUUUUCUUUCUAAUUUUAGCUCCUGUUGCUUUCCAUUUCAAGUCAAAAUUGGUUCCAGUAGAUCUGUCCACCAUUUUUCCUUACCUCUGUUUUCUUCUCACUCUCUGUCCUCUUUUUAUUACUCGUUAACUCUUUCGCCAUGUUUUGGAAGCUCACUGCCUUAUCUGCUUCGUCACCUGUGGAUGCAAUAUUAGACAAGGACAAUUUCACAUUGGAAGAGCUAUUGGAUGAAGAAGAAAUAAUUCAAGAAUGCAAAGCUCUAAAUAGUCGUCUUAUUAACUUCCUACGAGACAGAGCUCAGGUGGAGCAGCUCUUGCGCUAUGUUGUAGAGGAACCUCCAGAGGACGCUGACAGCAAACGCACCUUUAAGUUCCCAUUUGUGGCGUCAGAGGUUUUUACAUGUGAGAUUGAUGUCAUCUUGAGGACAUUAGUGGAAGAAGAGGAGAUGAUGGAUUUGCUCUUCUCAUUUUUGGAACCCAAUCGACCUCAUAGCACUUUGCUUGCUGGGUAUUUUAGCAAGGUUGUUGUGUGCCUCAUGUUGAGGAAGACAGUCCCACUUAUGAACUAUGUGCAAGCUCACCAGGACGUAUUCCAGCAACUGGUUGAUUUGAUUGGAAUUACUUCCAUUAUGGAGGUCUUAGUUCGACUUGUAGGUGCUGAUGAUCAUGUUUACCCCAAUUACAUGGAUGUUAUGCGGUGGUUGGCUGAUAGUAAUUUGCUGGAGAUGAUAGUUGAUAAAUUGAGUCCUUCUUGCUCACCGGAGGUUCAGGGUAAUGCAGCAGAGACUCUUUGUGCUAUUACUCGGAAUAUGGGCUCACCUCUUGCAGCAAAACUUUCCAGUCCCAGUUUCGUCGCGAGGAUCUUUGCUCAUGCGCUUGAAGUAUCUGCUACCAAGUCUGGUCUAGUACAUUCCCUGUCUGUAUGUAUAUCUUUACUGGAUCCAAGAAGAUCGGCUUCCUCUUUGUUAUAUCAUUCUCUACGAGGUCAACAUUUGUAUGAGGCUCCUAUUGCUGUAAAUCCUGAGACUGUGAGCGCAAUGUUACCUAGACUUGGUGAUCUUCUAAUGCUUUUGAACGUGACAUCUGAUGAAAAUAUUCUGCCAACUCCAUAUGGUGAACUAAGACCACCCCUAGGAAAACACCGACUCAAGAUUGUUGAGUUCAUUGCUGUUCUGUUGAAAGCUGGCAACCAAGGUGCAGAAGAGGAAUUGGUCAACUCUGGAACCAUAAAAAGAGUCUUCGAUCUCUUUUUUGAGUACCCAUACAAUAAUGCAUUACAUCAUCAUGUUGAAAGCAUAAUAGGAUCCUGCUUGGAGAGCCGGAAUGAUACAGUUAUUGAUCAUCUUUUCAGAGUUUGUGAUUUGAUCAAGAAGGUUCUUGAUGCUGAUAAGCAUCCCAUGCUUUCUGGCGAACUUGAACUGCCAACAAUACCUGCUGCUGAUAAAAAGCUGCCAAGGGCUGGUUAUCUAGGACAUAUAACUCGAAUUGCUAACAAGAUUGUUCAACUUGGACAAGGCAACAAAAGCAUUCAAACAUAUAUUCAGGAAAAUGGUGAAUGGAAUGAGUGGCAUGCUACAGUUUUGCAAGAAAGAAAUGUGGUAGAAAAUGUCUACCGCUGGGCUUGUGGGCGUCCAACUGCAUUGCAUGAUAGAACAAGGGAUAGUGAUGAUGAUGACCUUCAUGAUAGAGAUUACGAUGUUGCUGCCUUAGCCAAUAACCUCAGUCAGGCAUUCAGACCUGAUUUAUUCGGAAAUGAGGGUGCUGAGGAGGACAAUGGUGCUGGUGAACGGGAUGAUGAGGAUGUCUACUUUGAUGAUGAAUCUGCUGAAGUUGUCAUAUCUUCGUUACGGCUUGGUGAUGACCAAGGAAGUUUGUUCACCAAUUCUAAUUGGUUUACAUUCAAAGAUGAGAGAACCGACAACACUCCAGUGAGUACCUCCCUCUCUGACGCAAUGGAUGAUAUCAAUUUGAACGGAACUAUGAACAGUGGGAACAGCAGCAGUGAUGAUGAGGUGGUAGUUGGUGAGGAUGAAGAGUUGCCUGAUGUUAAAGAUGCCAGCAGUGCCACAUCCAGUUCCAAGCCGAAUGAUAUCAAUGGAUUUGGGAAAAACCUUGUUGAUGGUGAAGAGAGUAAGACUGACAAGGUAGAUCCUUCCUUUGAGACAGCACCCUUUGGUUUAGAUUCUCCUGAUUCAAAGGAUCUAUUUGGAGAGAGGCCUGUACCAGAUUGGGUAAAUUGGGGUGAAGCAUCAGGUUUGCUUGAUGAUGGAUCAAGUACCAACCCGUUUGUUGAUCUUGACCAUCCUGUCGGUGAUGGCAAUGCCAAUGAGGUGAUAGUACCUAGCAACAGCUCUAUUAAUGGGGAAGUUACACAGUCAAAUGGCACUAUAAAAAUGGGCGACUGCAGAGAACCAUCAGCUAAUGGUGAUGUAAUCCAAAAACCUUCGGCGGCUCCUUCAUUGUUUGAAGAGGAUGUUGAGUUUGUUGGUGUUGAACCUGAGGGUACUGAGAAAGCAAUGGAACAAGCACUGAAGGAAGGAAUAGUUGGCGAAGCAGGGCCUUUAAAGAAAAAUGUUGUACCAUUAAAAGUUCCAGAGGAGAACCCAGAUGAUGCUGCACCAGGGACAGAGUUCAAUGAUGCGAAUUACUGGAGAGUUGAGCAGGAGGUUGCCGUUCUUGAGUGAUGCAAUUUGAUUUUUUCAGUUUACGAAGCUAAAAGUUGUUUUUAGUGAUGCUGAUCCCCUUUCCAGAUCGGCAAAUGCAUUUUAAGCCAAACUUAUGUACAGUAUGUCUUUGGCUUUCUCUGUGGAGGAUCAUAUGAUAAUUUAUCCACUGGUUGAUUUUGUUCUUUGCUCA